GCGUCGUGCCGCGGGCCGGGGUCGGUGACGGGAAUGGCGAGCCCUGCGGCGACCUCGGCUGGGCGGCCUCUUGCCUGCGGGAGCUGCACGGGAGCCCGCCCCGACGCCCGCCCUUCGCGGCAGGAGCCCCCGCCUGCUCGUAGGGAAAGCGGGGCGGCCGGACACAGUGGAUGUGCCGGGGACGCGGUGGAAGCGGCGGAGACGGUCCCAGGGCCGGCGGUGGGCGGCACUGCGGCGCGCUUCGCUGCGGGAAGCCUUCCCGGCCGCUCCCCCGCGCGCCCCGGCGCCCGCCCUGCCGGCCCGAUCCCUCCUCCCUGUCCGCGCCCGCGGCGUCGCGAGGCCCUCGGGCUUUCCUCCCGCUCGGCGAGUGUGAAAACUCGGAAAACGGGGGCGCAUGGCCCUUCACCUCAUGGAGCAGCGGUCACCGAGGAAGAAAAACAGCCAAAGCUGAGCAUCAUUCGAGCUGACGUGCGUUGUAGCCGCGGGUGCUGUGGAGGCACUGCGCAGAGUUGUCGCUCCAAACGCGGUGCCCGGCGAGCUCGUCCCUCCCGCGGCCGGCCGGCCGCCCCCCUUGCGCGGCCCGCCUUCAUGCCGUUGGGAUCUUUCCCCUCUGCGUACCGCGCGUCGGCGCCUCCGCCUCCGGCCUUCGCUACCCCGCGCGGACUCUCUCCGCCUCCGAACCGUAGGGCACUUGGUGCCGCUGCCCUACAACUCGUCCAUCCUAGAAAUGAACAACAUGUUAAUCUCCACAAACAGUAUUUGUCAGGUCAUUCUGCUCAGAAGCUUUCCUUGGCUCCCCAGUGCCUAAAAGAUAAACUCUGAAUUCAGGAUCUUGGCAUUUGAGGCUUUCUAUGAAGAGCCCUUGAAACUGCAUAAGACCGUUCACAAAGCAGAAGUGGGUUUCCUGGUAAUACAUUUCAUCCAAAAAUGACAACAGAAUCAAAGAAAGCUACAGCUCAGAAACUUCAGGAGAAUGAAGGACUUCUGAUAGUGAAGAUAGAGGAAGAAGAUUCUGUCUGGAGGCAGGACACUUGCCUCCAGAGAAGCGAUCCCCUCAGGCAGGAGCUCUGCCGGCAGCUUUUCAGGCAGUUCUGCUACCAGGAUUCCCCUGGACCCCGAGAGGCGCUGAGCCGGCUCCGGGAGCUCUGCCAUCAGUGGCUACAGCCCGAGACCCACAGCAAGGAGCAGAUCCUGGAGCUGCUGGUGCUGGAGCAGUUCCUGACCAUCCUGCCCGAGGAGCUGCAGGCCUGGGUACAGGAACAUGACCCAGAGGGUGGAGAGGAGGUGGUUACCAUACUGGAAGAUUUGGAGAGAGGCACUGAAGAAGCAGUAGUCCAGGUUCCAGUCCAUGCACAUGGACAAGAGAUAUUCAGGAGAAAGGUGGUACCUCCUGGACCAGCACUUAGUGUCCAGUUGCAGCCAGUGGACCCCAAGACCCUUCAUGGUUCUUCAGCACCCCUUCUUCUGGAUGGUGAUAAUGAGAGUGAAAACAAUGGAUCCAUGCCAAAGUUGGACAUUUAUGAAGAAAUGGAAUCACAGAGGAUUCUAUCAAGAAGAAUUUCAGGAUUCAUGUCAGAAGGAUCUCCUGAACCUCAAGACAUCUGUAAGUCUGCAGGCAGAUUAAAGAGGCAAUGGGAAAAAGAAUCAGGAGGGUCUCAGAGACCAUCAUCUGCUCCGGAUGGAGGUUUUAGUAAAAUCCUUACCCACAAAAAUACACUGACAGGUGACAUUAGCCAUGAUGGUUGUGAGAGAAGCUUAAACCUGAAUUCAAGUGAAUUGACACACCAGAAAUCUUGUAAACACAGUACCUAUGACCAAAGUUUCAAAUGGAAUCCAGAAUUUAUUAAGCAUCAAAGAAUUUAUGCCGGAGAAAAAAUUCACCAAUAUGGAACAUCUCUCAAGAGCCCAAAUCUUAUUAAACAUGCAGCAAUUUUUAGUGGGGAGAAAACCCACCAGUGUAAUGAGUGUGGGAAAGCUUUCAGACACAGCUCAAAGCUAAUCAGGCAUCAGAGAAUCCACACUGGAGAGAGGCCCUAUGAAUGUAAUGAAUGUGGGAAAGGCUUUGGGGGGAGCUCAGAUCUUAUUAGACACCAGAGAAUUCACACUGGGGAAAGACCCUUUGAGUGCAAAGAAUGUGGGAGAGCAUUCAGCCUGAACUCACAUCUUAUCCUGCAUCAGAGAAUUCACACCAGAGAGAAACCCUAUGAAUGUAGAGAAUGUGGGAAAACCUUCAGAGUGAGCUCACACCUCAUUCGACACCUGAGAAUCCACACUGGAGAGAAACCCUAUGAAUGCAGUGAGUGCGGGAGAGCCUUCAGUCAGAGUUCACACCUUCGUCAACACCAAAGAAUUCACAAGAGGGAAAACCUGUUAAUGUAAAGAACUUAAAUUUUUAUGGAAAUGCGAAAGAAAUAGCAACAUGAAAAAUACUGAAUAAAAAAUAUGGAGUGAGAUGAA